AGCAGCAUGGGGAGGAACACUCGAUUGCCUCGCUUCGAUUCGACAUCCUCCCGAGGCUGCUGAAUGGCAGUCUGCAGCAAAUGUUGCUGCUACGAAAAAAGCCAGUAAUUCUGAAGCUCGAAUUCUGCACCGGCUCGCCCUUGGCUCGCGCUCUGUCCCUGUACAAUGAAUCACUCGCUUCGACGUCUGCCAACCAACCAAGCGUUGCUCGCUCUCGGCGUUGCCAGUGCUCGGUGUUGCUUGUUGUCGGUGUUGCUAGUUCCCAGUGUUUGCCGGUCCUCAGUGCUGUUAGUGCUCGGUGUUGCUGAUUCUCGAGAUUGACGCGGUGAGCAAUAGAAGCCUAGGCCUGUGAGUUCCAGCAUCGUGCACCGCGGCUCUCGGGGUGUCGUCAAGCCUACCGUUGUAGAAAUUUUCGUCUCGGCCAUCUCUCUCUGGAAGUCUCGUCUCGGCCAUCUCUCUCUAGAAGACUCGUAUCGGCCAUUUCUUCCUUCUACCAAUCUUGCCGAGUCAACGAUGAGAAACAGCUCACCUGCCAGAGCUGAGAACGCGCCUGGGUAUUACCUCUUAAACUGUCCACCGCCCGACGAGGAAGCCGCCCCGGACCUCCUGAGGGGAGUUGCGCCCCCCGCGAUGGACGGCGCAACGUGCGGCGCAAUGGUCGGCGCGAUGUGCGGGACCCACCUCGUCACUAUCCCUCCCUCGGACAAUCUCGGCGCGGGAAUGCACGAUUCGUCCGGCGAUGACUCCUCGGAGUACGGCGACCAGUGCGCACCGACCGCUCGCCUCGGUGACUGCGACACGUGGAAGCUGGCUGACGUGGCGACUGGCUUUAAAAAGGCGCAUUCUGAUUGGAAGACGCGGGUGAUUCACGGGCUGUUCUGGGCCGUGCCGUUGCUGCUUCUCGUGCUCGUCCCGCAAUUCGCGGCGCUGACGGCCAGCCCGGGAGAUCUGACGCGGCUCGUCGUCGAUGCGGAUUCGCCACGUGGCGGAAGGGUGGGAGGCGAGAGUGACGUCAUGCGGGAGGUUGAGAGGGAAAGCGGGAUCGUCGAAACGGUAACGGAGACGGAGACGGGGACAGCAACGGAGACGGCAACAGAGACGGCAGCAGAGAAGGUAGCGGAGUCAGCCGCGGAAGCGGCGUAUGUGGCGGAAGCGGAAGAAAAGGGCGCGGAAGAGGGCGCGGGGAAACAGAAGGAGGGGGCUGCGGGUAAGGGGAACGCAGUGGAAGGGGACGCGGGGGAUGUGGCGGAAACGGAGGAUGCGGAUGGUACUGCGGGGGAGGAAGCGGGGUUUGCGGAGAGCGAGGAUGGGGGGAAUGCGGAGGUCGCGGAAAGUGAGGAUGCGGGGGUCGCGGAGAGCGAGGAUGGGGGGAAUGAGGGGGUGGCGGAAAGUGAGGAUGCGGGGGUUGUGGAGAACAAGGAUGCAGGGGCGGAAAGCGCAGAAGGUGCCGCCGCGGGAGAGGGCGGCGGAGCGGAGCAGGUGGCUCCCGAGUCGAGUCAAGAAACGCAGGGUGGGGGGGACGAUGAUGCGGACAAGACUGAAGAUUCGAAGCCAGACAAGACGGACGAAUAUAAGGCGGAAUUGCAGCAGCGAACUCUAGGUGACGUGGAGCCACUCCAUUCGCCGAGGGUGCAGAAAUACCUUCAGGCCAAUAGGCGAUUGGUCUGGGAAACCGAGUGGUUACCCGUUCGGCGAGAAGAUUACUUUCACCCAGGCGAAAAGUACUACUUCGUUACCGGACAGCGCGAUUUCUGCGCUGGCAUUCGCCACUUCCAUCGCAGCCUGUCGUGCAAGAUCGCAGAGGCGGCGUUUUUGAAUCGCACGCUUGUACUCGAUAUGGGGCUGUGCAUUAACGGGUUGCACAACGGGGGAUCGGCAAGUGUUCACGGCCUACAUUACUACUACGACCUGCCCUCCCUCAGUGCUGCCAGAUUCACUCCCCUGCACGGUUUCCUGCAAGGCCUGGCGGAAUGGCAGCGGCAGCAGGAGCCAGGGGGGGGCGAGGGGAGGAAAAACGGGGCCGCGGAGGGAAGGAGACGGCUAAGGGGGGGAGAGGGGGAAGGGGAGGGAGAGGGAGAGGGAGAGGGGGAGGGGGAGGGGGGGGGGGCGUUUGCUGCAGCAGCGCCGCCUCCCUUGGCUCGUGUGGUGCAGGCUGACAUGAAGACAAGGGCCUUAGCCCAGGACACCACCACCACUCUGAUCAUUCGCGAUGGGCAUUAUGGCUUCGAUCCGUGCCGGGGCAGAAAGUGCAACUGGGCCAAUAUGAGAUUCGACUACAUCACAUCCAAUGAGACCGCCAUCCUCUUCCGCCCGGAGCUGAGGAGUCUAGCAGCCAACAUGUCGGCAUCCAUGGGUGGGGGUGACUAUGAUGCUGUGAGAGUGCGGCGCGGAGACAAGCUCAACACCAACAUGUGGCCCCAUGUGGCUAACGACACAAGCCCCCCAGCUCUCCUCGAGAAGCUCCCCAGGUUCGUUGCACCUGGGCGCACGCUGUACAUCGCGACCAAUGAGAAGACCCCCGGAUUCUUCGACCCCUUGUCGAAGGUCUACUCGAUUCGGCAAUUUCAAGACUUCCGCCCCCUCUGGGCGCCCGGCACGCCCUGGUUCGAUGGGUACGCGCGAAUCAUGGGCGUGAAUCCCAAGCUCGACCCCUACAUGGAGGCCAUUGUGGAGUAUAAAGUGUUGUUUUCGGCGAAAACAAAAGUUUUCACGUUCAACAACCUGACGAGUGAUGUGGAGGGGGGAUUACGGCCUUCGGCAAAUAAAGCUCAUUGACUGGGCUUGAACACAUCUGAUCUGCACGUGUUGCUCCAAAGCACCUCGUGCUCCUUGUACAGUGUUUUCUGUUCCUCUGUAGCUGGUGCUUCUUUCAUAAUGUUGUUACAGUAAUGCAUGCUAUAUAGCAGUGCAUGCAAGGCCCUUACUGGGCAUAAGUGGGUUGCUGCAACUUCAGGCUAAAAUGUGUUACGUGGAUUGAUCAUGCAUGGGGUGUUGUCUUGAGCUAGUGCAGUAGUUUUAUGUGCAGAUACCACUAGGUGUAUUUCACAAGAACCUGGGAAUGCUGCAGGACCAAAAUCUCUGAAAGGG